UAGAAAGUACACUAUAAUUUGUAAUAAAUAGAAAAACUAACAAAGAACUUUAUGUUAUAUUAAAAAACACAUAAGAGGGCGGAGCGGACUGUACUACUUCUCGCGGUACAACCUCUUCCGGUCCUCUUUCCAGCUUCCCUUGCAUCAUGACCAAGAAGAGAAGGAACAACGGUCGUGCCAAGAAGGGCCGUGGACACGUGCAGCCCAUCCGCUGCACAAACUGUGCCCGAUGUGUUCCCAAGGACAAGGCCAUCAAGAAAUUCGUCAUCAGGAACAUUGUGGAGGCAGCCGCCGUUAGAGACAUCUCAGAGGCCAGUGUUUUUGACUCCUAUGUUCUGCCCAAGCUUUACGUGAAGCUCCACUACUGUGUCAGCUGUGCCAUCCACAGCAAAGUGGUGAGGAACCGCUCCUGUGAGGCCAGGAAAGACCGUACCCCCCCACCCCGGUUCAGGCCCACUGCUGGUGCCCCAAGAGCUCCUCCUAAGCCCAUGUAAAGAAAAAUUUGAAGAUGCUGUGCGCCUGAUGAAUAAACUCAAAAAUCUUUACAAAAUUGGGAAA